AUGCAAGCGACGCUAUCUCAAGGCGCUGUUUACAAUGAUAGAUACUUCAAGGAAAUACUUGUUGCUUUCUCCUCGGCCCCCAUCUACCCAGCAUAUGUCUGCCUUUCAACGGAGGACAAUCCUACACCACCUGAAAUCCUCCCCAACCCCAAAUUCUAUUUGUUUUUCUCCAACACUCUCGGUGCAAUAGACGGUACACACAUUGAAAAAUCUCACAAAACUGCUUGGCAUGCUGCUCUUUCAAUCUGUGUUUCCUUUAUGUACUGGUGGGCUGGGAGGGUUCUCCAUAUGAUGCCACACUCUUUAACAAUGCACACCGGCACGACUUGCGCACUCCAGAAGGGAAGUAUUAUCUAG